UUCCAUACGGCAUACUUGGAAUAAGAUUGUCGGGUGUUAGACAAGAAUCAUAUUAUCGAAUUCUCUCUGCUGUCCUCAUUCGGGUCUCCUCCGUACAUCUUCACCUCCUCGUCACCUCCGCCAAGAUGAAUCUUCGCUACUUGCUCACGCCCUUGGUGGCCCUCCGUUUCUUCCAGAUAUUCCUCUCCUGCACUGCCUUCAGCUUGGUGGCCAGCGUCGGAAUGUAUCACAGCCCAUACGGGGCCUGGAGUAUGCUUACAUGGAUCUUGUGUUUUGUGGUGACUAUCCUGAUUGUUGUCCUGGAGCUGACAGGGUUCUACAAUAAAGUUCCCAUCUCUUGGGAGGACUUUACCUCUGCCUUCUCCAUGCUGGCUUCAUUGAUGCUCCUCACCACAUCCAUCAUGUACCCAUCUGUCUAUCUGAAGGGUGGCUGCAGCGGACAUACCUGUGCCUGUAUGGGUUCGGCCACUGCCAUGUCCAUCCUGUGCUUCUUCGCCUAUGCCAUUGAAGUGGGACUUACCCGGGCGAAACCUGGUGAGAUCAGCGGCUUCCUCUCUACCGUCCCCGGCCUCCUGAAGGUCUUUGAAUCCUACGUUGCCUGCAUUAUCUUCUCUCUUCUUGUAUCAUAUAACUUCAGCCCAGGUCUGCAGUGGUGUGUGGCUGUCUACUCCAUUUGCUUCAUUGUUACCACCAUAAUCAUCAUUCUAACCAUAGGACGUCUCUUGCCUAGACUGCCCAUAAACUUUGAGAAGAUCCUCAUUGGUUAUAAUAUUUUGGCGGUGGCCAUGUACAUCACAGUGGCGGUCAUAUGGCCUUACUAUUUCUUCAAUCGCUAUUCAAGCAGAAAUUGUUCAGCUGGCUAUGUUUGUGAAUGGGAUACUGGAGUUGGAGUCACCAUCUUGACUUACAUCAACCUGGUGGCUUACAUUGUGGACACAAUCUACUCUUUUAGAAUGGUUUUCUUCACGGUCCCAGCUUAGGCUCCAAAAUGUCAACAGGUUGACUGGUUCUGUCCACCGAAAAACUAAAGGCAGGUCUACGUGAUGGUAAAAAACAAUGGCUACAAAGGGUUUCA